UCAGGGGGGGAAUAGCAGCAGGGACAGCGGCGUGUGAAGGUCGGGACUGUGUGACUGCUGGGGGCUGUCCCUCUGUCUCCUCCCCGUCCUCCCCGGUCUCUCUGUGCUCAGUGACCGCUCCAUGCUGCUCCGGGGGCCGCUCCCGCAUGAUGCUCCCCGGCUUCUGGCUGCUGCUCCGGGCUCUGCUGCUGCUGGCCGCCGCCCUUGGAGCCUCGGCUCUCCCAGACAAGCUCUGGUCCACACCGGGGACCCCAUCUCCCAGCUACAGGGCAGCAGGACCUCCGGAGCCCGGGGGGACUGACUCUUCUUCUCCGCCAGGUGCAGGGGGGACUCUCCCGUCUGCUCCAUCAGGAUCUGGCUCCGAGGUAUGGGGCAGGGACAGGUCAGUGCACGGAACCAUGACCCGGGCUGGUCCAGCAUGGAGAGCUGCCUAUUCCUUACCGCACCGGGCAGGGACCGAACCUCCAUCUGAACCACACAGGACUAAGACCAAUCCAGAACCACACCGGACACAGACCGGCUCACCACCAGAACCACACCGGAUACAGACCGGCUCACCACCAGAACCACACCGGACACUGGCCAACCCGCCACCAGAACCACACCGGACACUGGCCAGCCCGCCACCAGAACCACACCGGGCGCUGACCGGUCCGCCACCAGAACCACACCGGGCGCUGACCGGUCCGCCACCAGAACAACACCGUACACUGGCCGGCUCACCACCAGAAUCACACCGUACACUGGCCAGCCCGCCACCAGAACCACACCGGGUGCUGACCGGUCCGCCACCAGAACCACACCGGGCGCUGACCGGUUCGCCACCAGAACCACACCGGACCCAGACCGGCUCGCCACCAGAACCACACCGGACACAGACCGGCUCACCACCAGAAUCACACCGGAUACUGGCCAGCCCGCCACCAGAACCACACCGGGCGCUGACUGGUCCACCACCAGAAUCACACCGGACGCUGGUCAGACCGCCACCAGAACCACACCGGACACAGACCGGCUCACCACCAGAACCACACCGGACACAGACCGGCUCACCACCAGAAUCACACCGGACGCUGGCCAGCCCGCCACCAGAACCACACCGGACGCUGGCCAGCCCGCCACCAGAACCACACCGGACACUGGCCAGCCCGCCACCAGAACCAUUCCAGACCCAGACUGGCCCGCCACUAGAAUCACACAGGUCAAAGACCAAGCCACACCGGACAAAGACCGAUCCACCACCAGAACCACACCAGACCCAGACCGGCUCACCACCAGAACCACACCGGACCCAGACCAGCCCGCCACUAGAACCACACCGGACACAGACCAACUCACCACCAGAACCACACCGGACACAGACCGACUCACCACCAGAACCACACCGGACACAGACCGACUCGCCACCGGAACCACACCGGACACAGACAGACCUGCCAACAGUGCCCCACAGAUCAAAGACAGAUUCACCAUCAGAACUAAACAGGACCGACACCAUUCCAUCACUCAGUGCCGACAUAGAGAAAUACCACACGGUGCCAGGGCACCGGGGAACACAGAUUAAUUUUAAGUCAGAACCUGGCUGGACAGAGUUGGAUGUUACCUGGACAGACAACCAGACAAGUUCAGGAACCGGCAUCACCCAGAAAUCAGCAACACGCAGACAUGUCAAUAAAAGGACCCCACAUAUGGACACAACAUUUAUUUCUACCACCUUCACAAGGACCCUGUUAUCUGUGACUAAUGACAGCAACUUGCCAGACAUUACGGAGAUUCCUGCCGCUUACACCUCCGCUUCGGACUCGGGAUCCACAGAUACCGGGAGCCAGAAAACCGGUUCUACAACAAAGGAUCUGGGGAACACAACACAGGAGUUAUUGACCACAGCACAAAAUGCUGGGAACUCUACAGAACACACAGUCUCUGAUUCUGGAUCGUCCGUGCCCAGCACAUUCCCUCUACAGACCCCUUCUUACUUGGUGGCUACCUACCCAUCCUCCACGUCUCACCAUCUGUCAGACUCCACUGUCCCGUUCACCAGUGUCCCGGAUCCUGCUACUAACACAGCAAACAAUUCCAUGGGGACGGAUUACCCAGCUAACAAUUCAGCACUUUUCUUGUCUUCAUCAUCAGACCCUUCCUCAUCUUCCAACUCUUUGUUGUCCACUGUUGAAUCCUCAUUCUAUACAUCAACAUUCCCAGCUUCUUCUAGCUCGUAUUUUUCUUCUCCUCCUGGACAUUCCAACCAGUCUUCAUCCUCUCCCAUUCCCUCCACGUUAGUCUUUUCACCUCACUCCUCUGCUACCCAAACACCAUUUAAGAUAUCCCCAUGGUCUUCCACAAAGCCUCCAGUCCCCCUGACCACCCAAUCAAUCACCCCUCCGCUGUCACCUUCCCCUUCGUUGCCACCUUCUUUUCAGACAGCAUCAUCUUCAGCUAGGAGCACUGAAACAGGCACCACAUAUCUUUCUUCUGUAUCUCAGACCGGUGAGCCAUCUAGAGCCUACAACAGUUCUGUACCUGGCGUGGUUGAGUCUUACCACACAGCCACCGUGCCUGGAAGUAGAACUUCCACUGUCAUGGUAUCAGCAACGACUUUGCAGACUGAGGUUGAAACGCGUAUGACGAUCUCACCCUACGACGACAAGAGAACGCAAAGUGUCAUCACUGUAACGGAUCUAGAUGGACCUCCAGCACAGCCUACCGGUAAUGUGCCAUCUACCACAUCUGCCAACAAUCUUUUGAUCCCAUCAUCAAAUGAUAGCACCCAAAGAACCACUCAUGAGCCUGUAAAGGCAACGGCAUCCGAAAGCCCAUCAUUGUCCACUGGUGAUGCCAACAGGCAGGUCAUGACUGACAGGACAACCAGAAUGGACCUUAAAACUGAAAAACCAAGACUGGACACCACAACCCGUGCUAAAGACAAGAAGUUACCUGCUUACACCACCUCUCCUCCGGACAUAGUCAUUGCACAGUACCCAUCUACCAGAGCAACGAUCUCUCCAGGAGGUUCCAGACCUACUGUAACAGCUAGCCUCUGCUCCCCCAGCCCUUGUCACAAUGGAGGCCUUUGUGUGGAAGAUAGUAAAAGCUAUAGGUGUGGUUGCCCAUCAGCCUGGCACGGAGACCACUGUGACAGAGAUGUGGAUGAAUGUCUCUCGGACCCUUGUCCAGCACAGACCGUCUGUGUUAAUUCCCAAGGGUCCUUCAGCUGCCGCUGUCCCCUGGGGUAUAUUCUGGAGAAAGGAGCUGGCUGCGUUCUGGUGAGGACGUUCUUAGGACACAUUGAGGUACCGAGAAGCUUUCUGAAUGGCAGUAAUGAGAAAUACAGCCGCCUACACGUGAUCCAGGAGCAAAUUAUUCAGAUCCUGAAUUCUUCCUUCUCCACCAUCAGUGGAUAUUACCAGUCAACAGUCACCAAUACCAGUUACAGCAAUAGUAUUGUGCUCAGCGUGCAGAAUAUUUUCUCUCUGGCUUCCAACGUGACCAUGACCGAUCUAAAGCACAAUAUCCAGAGUUACAUAACAGUGUGUCAGUCCUCGCUGGAGAGCUCGCUGGACUGCCGACUGGUUCUGCACCCUCAGCUGUCGUACCGGGCUAUCAGUCUGUGCAAUGUGAAAAACCCAGGAUGUGACAAUGAGACGGCUGAGUGUGCAGACCCCAGCGGUGUCGCUUUCUGCCAGUGUAAGCAGGGGUACUUCAAAUACAGCAAGAUGGAUCACUCAUGCCGUGCCUGUGACGAUGGCUACAAACUUGAAAAUGGAGCUUGUGUGAGGUGCCCCUUUGGUCUGGGAGGAUUCAACUGCUCAAACCCCUACCAGCUGAUCACCGUGAUAAUCGCGGCUGCCGGUGGCGGGAUCCUUCUUAUACUGGUCGUCGCUCUGGCUGUCACCUGUUUCAGCCCGGAUUGCGGAACUCGGAGAUUGAGAGGAACGGACUCUAUCCUUACACGGGCCUGCCAGGAUCCCGUCACUCCUGCAUUUAUCCCGGACAGUACAACCCCUCAUUUAUUAACGAGGAGAACAGAAGAAGGGACUAUUUUUAGCACACAACCUAGACUAGAGCGCAAGCUGCACCGGAGUCGCCCCAAUAACGGCAGUCACCCCCGAAACCUAAGAACCUUCACCUGAUACGUGAGAAGUACUCAGCAGCGAUGCAACGUUUCCCUACCGCAAAGAUGGAUCCCCAGAACCGUGUGUUGUCUGGUUAUUAUCCCAUCUGCUAGGCCUGGGGCAGCGGGGGGGUGUAAAUAACAGGCUGGGCGGCUGUCGCAGUAAUCGCCCCGGAUAGUGCCGGACGCUCCAGUUGGUUUUUAGUAACGUUAUUUUUCAUGUGUGUUUCCUGUUAAGUGGGACAGUUUAGCAUGUGUCAUGUAGCUAGCGUGUGUUAUCAUGGAGCAGGCCUUGCCUCAGCUUUCAGUGAUAGCACGGACUUGUCACAUGCCGUGAUCGGUUAUUUACAGCAAUCAUUGAUUAGCCUGCGGGGGAAGGAUGCGAGCCAGGCUGCCGGGACUCAGCCGUGGACGCUCGGAGAGAAGUGGUGCGGCCCGUGGUAGCUGGCACAGCUCGCGCUCUUAUUCUCUAACGUGUCAGAAGAAAACUAGUAAUGGCCGCUGUGCGUUACAGCCUGGUUCCUGUGUCCACCGUUCCACAGGCGACCACUAGUGUUUGUAUCACACUCAGAUGACGCAUUAUUAAGGUGCAAUUAUUUGUCCACGGAUGCAGCCACGCAAAGUUCUGGGUCCUGGUGGACUGUAUAUGGGAGGAGCCCAGAUUCAUUGGGUGCUCCCCUCCUCUGUGUUCAUCCACGCCGGGAUAACGGUAUCUGGAACUAUGGGUCGACACCCAUUAGUCGACAGUGGAUAGGUCGGCACUAGAAAUAGCUCGACACGGCCAUUAGGUCAUACAUUAGAUCAUACUUUACGAUCCACGUGGACUACGAUUGGGAACGGUAAACUGUGCCGAGAGCAGCGGUAACGGAGUCAUGCAAGGGGACGCGGCGCACUAUUUGGGGUUCCCGGUCACUUGACGGAAAAAACGACACCAAAAAAACAUUAAAAACUCACGUAAACCUUUUUUCAUGUCGACCUAAUGGUCGUGUCGACCUAUUUCUAGUGUCGACCUAGCCACUGUAGACAAAUGGGUGUCGUCCCUGAGUCCCAUAGCCCAGGAUAACACAUGUGAGCCCAUUGUUACUGCAAAAUGUAUUAUUUAUUAGGUGCCACUAAGUGUAUGCAGCACUGUACGUGGGCCGGUCAUAAAGUACAACAUUCCAUUAUAUUUGGGGUAAAGGGCAAACUGAACCCUGAAAGAGGUGGAUAAGUAGCAAUGAAACAUAAAACACAGACUCAGAGGCGGGGAGGAGAUAUCCAAUAAUUGUGUACAGUGAUCAUAUGGCUUUCCGGGGGAUUAUAAUAUACUCUGCGCUAUAAUAGGACAUCAUUCAUUUUUGUGCGCAAAUGCAAGUGCGAUUCUCUAGGCUAUGGAGCUGAUAGUGUCAGCAAGUGAAAAAAGACGGCCACCGGCACUUUCACAAACUCAUUCACAAUUGCGCACACAUUUGCACAUUAUUCGCAAAAAAAUAGGAACAUCGAGGUUAAGGGCUGGCCUAUGGCUAUGCAGGCUGGACACCGCAGUAGCGACGCAGGCGCAAUGUUUUGCCCAUACGAGCUCGCAGCUGGCGGCAGAUACAGCCCCCGAAAACGGCCACGCUUGCGUUUUCCCAACCACUCCCCAUUAUCUCCAAACAGUCACUUCCUGUCAAUCACUUCUCCAUGAAAUCCUCAUUGUCGCAUGCGCAUUGCGAUCACAUUACAUGUGCAGUCUGCCGAUAAUCGCCCCCCCACCCCUCCCGGAGUCUGUGUAACCGAUGUUACAAUGUCCCUUCUCUUGCAGACACAGACUGUAAACUAGAUGCUUAUUCGGCAGAAGCUCUCACCCACAGAAUCGCCGCCACUGAUUACAUUCCACGUAUUUAUACCGUAUAUAUUUAUCUUAUUGUCACAGCAACGUAGCAUCUCUGCACUUUCUCUCUGCUUCCAGUUUUCCUGCGCCAAUUGUAAAAUGACGGGGCAGUGUGGCGAUCCUGCGCUGUCGGGACACGGUCGGACGACCUCCGUAUCCGCAUCUGUGAUCAGUUAGUAACACUGUAUUAGCCCCAUCCAGCGCCGCCGGCCGCGGUGGGGGGCCACAAUCUGUAUGAAGUGUCAGUUUUUAGAAAUUGGAUUAUUUUUAUACUGUGUCGUGUAAUUAAUCCUGACGUUCUAGUCAGUGUCAUAAUUAAUAUUAAUAAAGACGGAUGUGAUUAUU